CAGGAAAGAGCUGGAAGACGAGGAGCUGCAGUUUUCUUAUUUUGUAGGCGUUUUAUCACAGCAGCACCUUUGAGACUGCGCGGAGCUGGAAGAAAGUAAACAACAGAAACACUGCGCUGCUUUUUAAAUUAUUUUUAAGGUCGGCGCGUGUGAAGAAACGUCUGAAAACCCAUAUGAGGAUUCGCUGUUGUGACAGUUUCCAGCUGCUCCUGUUUGGAGCGAAUAAGUGCGCGUCGCUCUCACUGUUUCUUGGCUUCGUUUCCACCUGGAGUUGUAUGACUCGAAGAGUUGGCUAGACUUCAUCGCAGACAUGAGAGCUCAAAUAGAGGUGAUUCCCUGUAAAAUCUGUGGGGACAAAUCAUCUGGGAUUCACUAUGGUGUCAUCACCUGUGAAGGCUGCAAGGGAUUCUUCCGACGCAGCCAGCAGAACAAUGCUAUGUACUCUUGCUCACGACAGAGGAACUGUCUAAUUGACCGGACCAACCGUAACCGCUGUCAGCACUGCAGGUUGCAGAAGUGUCUCGCUCUGGGCAUGAGCCGUGAUGCUGUGAAGUUUGGUCGAAUGUCCAAAAAACAGCGUGACAGCCUGUAUGCAGAGGUCCAGAAGCACCAGCAAUCCCAGGAGUGUGCAGUCAUUGGUGCCCGUGAAGAGAAUAGCGACAUGGCUGACCUCAGCCGCCCCUACAGAAGAGGCUCCAGCACUGCGCUCAGUGAUCUUGAUGACAUUACCACACUGCCGGAAGGCUUGCUUUUCGACCUGCCGCUGACCCCAGAGGAUGCAGGUGGAGAGUACUGUAGCCUUGACAUGCUGGGUGGCAGUGCAGGCAGCAGCUCAUCCUCUCAGAGUUCACCAGAACAGACCAACUUGGACUUUGUAGACGGCAACCACAGCAUCAAGCACGAGUACCAGCUGUUGCAUGACUCUGGACUCUUCUCACAUGCUAUCCUCAACCAGCUCCCCGGGGGCUGCUCCCUGCUUGAGAUAGAGCGUAUAACUCAGAGUGUGGUCAAGUCCCAUAUUGACACAAGCCAGUACAGCACAGAGGAGCUGAAGAGAAUGGCAUGGACUUUGUAUAGCCCAGAAGAGACUCGCUCACACCAGACCAAGUCAGCUGAGGUGAUGUGGCAACAAUGUGCCAUUCACAUCACCAAUGCAAUCCAGUAUGUGGUGGAGUUUGCCAAGCGCAUCUCUGGCUUCAUGGACCUGUGUCAGAACGAUCAGAUUAUCCUCCUCAAAGCAGGCUGCAUGGAUGUGCUUCUGAUCCGUAUGUGUCGGGCCUACAACCCCAUCAAUAAUACAAUGCUCUUUGAUGGAAAGUUUGCCACUGCUCAGCUUUUCAAAGCUCUUGGCUGUGAUGACCUUGUGAGCGCAGUGUUUGACUUAGCUAAAAGCCUGAGCCGUAUACAGAUGUCCGAGGAAGAGAUGGCUCUUUUCAGUGCAGCUGUGCUGCUCUCACCAGACCGCCCCUGGCUCACAGAUGUUCAGAAGAUACAGAAGUUGCAGGACAAGGUCUAUGUGGCUCUGCAGGGCUGUCUACAAAAAGAAGGAGCAUCAGAAGAGAAACUAGCCAAGAUGGUGUCUAAACUUCCCAUUAUGAAGUCCAUUUGCAACCUUCACAUUGACAAACUGGAGUUUUUCCGUCUGGUUCACCCUGAGACAGCGUACACAUUUCCUCCUCUGUACAGGGAGGUUUUUGGCAGUGAAAUCACCUUCCCAGACUCCACAGAGGGCUAGCACCGUUUAGCCAAAUAGCAUGAUUCUAAUAGAAACCCUGAGGUUUAGGGAGGGGGAGAUAAAAAUGUGGCAACCAGCUGAGGCAAAAUCAACCAGCAGCUCAAUGACAAUCCUGCACACUACACUUUAGGACACACUCCCCUCGCCUCUGAAACUCCCAACCAUGUGGAGUAGCUUACACUGCCUUGCAAGCUAGUCCUUUCAGCUUCAACGUAACACUACAGGAACUGCUGCUGGGUUCUCAGUGCAUGUUACUUCUUUUUUUUAAGGAGUUAAAGAAAUUAUUAAAGUAGCCUACAUAAUUUGUAUUCUCAAAAAUAUUUUUCUAUGAGGAGACCUUAAACCUCUCAUCAAGUUGAAUUCCUUUCUAAGAUAAAUUUGAUUUUUAUCGUUCUCACAGUUCCUGUAAGCUAUUGUUGAAUGUACCCCCUUUUCCCUUUACCGUUCAGCACAGCCCUAGGCUUGAAAUAGAAUGUACAUACUUAAAAUCCUCACCCACCUUGUGGAGGUUUGCAGUAAUGAUGCCUGUUUCAAUUGUCAGUCUAGUGACACUUUAUUGUUUCAUUCAAUAUUUUUCAAUAGUGCCCAUAUUUUGCAGUUUUGUAACAUAUGAACAAACUGUUUAAAGGGACCACGAUCAAACUCACAAACCGACAGGGUUUUUAAACUGUGUGAAUCAUGCGCAAACAUUCAGAGUGUCUGGCGCCAUGUACCUGCAAACGCUUGCACACAGAGCACAAAACAUAGCACUUAUACUGAUCUUUGUAGGUAUUUUUACGAGCACAUCCUCAGACACUGAUGUGAGCUCUUUAUUUUUUUAAUGCAAUCAAUGACCUCAGUCCUAAUACCUUUUCCCUUUGCAAAUGCCACUUAGAGAGUGAGAGCGAGAGAAUCAUAGACGUAUUUUCAGAUACACACACACACACACACACACACAUUAACACAUAUAAUCAUGUAAGAUAACAGCAUUUGUGAAUUCAUACACAGAGUGAGCAGGAGGAGGGUAAUGUGCUUGUGCUCAGGUCUCUCAAACAGAUACUGCCUGCCCAUGCUUUGGGGUUCUGGGAUGGAAAGAUUGCUGUCACAGAAAAGAAAAUCUAGUGGAUAAUUAGCUCUUAUGAGUCCUUGUUAGAAACCAAAAUGAACUCUUGGCACAAGAUUUUACGGGUUCGCACUCAGACUGCCAUCUGUGAAACUUAUGUUAAACCAGUCCGAAAUGGUAGAUACACCCUCCCACUGUAGACAAGCUGUAUGAACAAGGUGCUGACCAGCCGACCACUGUGGGUUAUGUGCUCUUGUCGAAGACCAUCUGGAACUGUCGCACCUCAGCCCCCUCUGCAGAAGAGUGUCAUUGCCCAAACCUCCAGCACCGUCUCAACCAGCAAGGUCAAAAGACUUUGGGAGUACUUAAAAAAAAAAAAAGAAAAAAAGUUGAUGUUGAAAUGUGACGGUUAACUACAUUGCCACUGGGGCAAAGAAUAGAGAGUGGACAGAUGGUCGA